UUGUUUUUUUUACUCUGAUCUCCAUCUGCAGCCACUUGAAAAACAAACAGCCCACCAAGAACAGGACUCGAGCCUGCAGACGUGUUUGGUCGGACAGAGCGGUGCUCGCUCUGCCGUGCGCUGCUGUGAACGCGCCCCAUCCCCGUGCGAGCGCCGCUCGCAUCCAGCGCCGGCACCGCCGCCUUAUCUCGGCAGGGCGGGGGCGGCCGCGCUGCUCCUCCUCAGCGCAGCUCUGCCACCGGAGAAACCGGCUUGGUGCGCACCUCCUUCGUGAGUAUCAGACAUGGAUGCUUUCCAAACGAUCCUCAAGUUCUUUAUGAACCGGAAAACCGCCAUAGGUUACAGUUUCAUGGCGCUGCUGACAAUGGGAGGUGAACGUGUGUUUUCUCUUGUCGCUUUCAGAUGCCCUUGCAGCAGUGAAAACUUCAGGUACGGUUUGGUGUUCCUCUUCUCGCCAGCUCUGGUUUUGCUAGUUAUUGGAUAUUUCUUGAACAGCAAGACCUGGAAACUCUUUACAGGCUGCUGGGUGAAUCCCAGGAAAAUAUUUCCCAGAGGGAAUGUCUGCCAUUUCUUUUACGUCUUUGGACAAAUCACUUUAAACGCUCUGGUAGCCCCAGUGAUGUGGCUUUCCGUGGCUUUGCUCAACGGGACUUUUUACGAAUGUGCCAUGAGCGGCUUGGAAAAUCCUGCCUACUUACACGCAGUUUGUCACAGAAAAGCGGAGAAGUGCUUUGAAGAGCUACACAGGGUACCCUGUGACAAAAGCUCCCUGCCCUUUUCAGAGAGUGAUGAACUGAAAAGAACACUUCAAGCACAGUCCCAGAUUUUAGGCUGGUGUGUGAUAGUUACCACAGCUCUCCUCUCCCUGCUGACCACUUGCUGUGCCAGCUGCCAGUCAAAAGUCAGCCACCUCCAGCAGAUGUUCUGGAGAGUGUACGAGGGGACAGAGAAGGAGCAACUGGAGCAGAUUUUCCAGCUGUAUGCCACCAAGCUGAGCGAGCGAAACCUGAAGUGCUUUUUUGAAAACAAGGAACCAGAACCCAUUUCCCUGCCAGCUUUCCAGGCAUGGGAAGAUGCUUCCCAGCUCCACUCUUUCAGCAGCAGCAAACAGCAUUAUAGCACGAUUCACAGGCUAGUUGAAGAAGGCCAGAAAGGAAUCAGUGAGGAAAGAGAGACAAUGCUGGACCUUGCGGACAGAAGGGAAAUACCAUAGACCAAGUAUAUUUUCAGCUUUUUUUUUAUAUCUUGUUAAUAUGGCAUACUUCUAGCUGAUUCUGUCUCUAUAUUUUUUCACAAUGGCCUAUUUCUUCUUCAUCAUGCUUCCUCACAGUUAGAUACUUGCUCCAAAAGGACAGAAUGAAAUUAUUUCCCUACACAAGUGAAAACGGCAUCCAGGGUUCAUGCCACUGGCUCGCCAUCAAGAGCUGACAGCACAAAGGAAUUAAUAAUGGCUUCUACAAGAGGGUUUUAACAAUAUGCUAUGUAAAAUGUGCUAUAGUGUGCUUGUCCUGUGUAAAUCAAGAGACUAUCAACAAGUAAAGUCAUUUAAAGUGUGUGAAUAUAAUAACAAGAUAUGUAUGGCUUUCUGACAGCCCACAGAAAGUAAAGGUUUUCUGUCCAGGUCCUUUCCAGGCUAAUUGCAGAUACAGCCUUGUUUUGAGGCACCAGUGAUCCCUCAAGGCUUCUCUGCCUUUGGAUAUUUUGCCUGUGCAGAACAUCUCCCUAUCAUCUGUUCCCAAUCUAGACUUUCUCUUUGUAUGCAUGUGAAGUUCUAUUUUGAGCGAGUUUCAGGCACUGGGUGCAGCCUGUAGUGCUAUGUAAUAUUGUUGUCUUUGGGCCUGCAGCCAGGUUGCAACAGAGGGUCUGGAAGGAAAUUCCGAUUUUAUAGACAAGAAAAAAUUUUUGCAGAAGACUGACUUUCAUUUUUUUGAAUAUUCCAGGAAAACUUAGUGUCCAGAGCAAGAAGAGCCAGCAGGUAAGGCAACUGCACAGUCAGUGCCUCUGACAAAUGCAUUUCACCCCAGAGCCUUGUGCUUUAUCUCACCCACUUGGAAUUCAUCACAUGGCUCUCAGGGUGUUCACAGUAUUUGCAAACGCUGUAUAAAAGGACAACAAAGUUACUUUCCCUGGGGUGGCUGGGCUGCCUUUUGUGCAGCAUUUUAUUGCCAGUCCCUCCGAGUCUGCAAAGAAUCAUAGUUUUGCUGUGCUCUUCUCAACAAAUCAGGGCAUUCUUCCCAGCUGUUCUCAUACUCUUUGGGCUUCUUCAGCAGGUAAAAUCAUCUAUAUACAGACCACUACUCUUCAUGAAAUAAAACAAGAACUAAUUCAACUCUCUGCUUAGAAUUUUCUCCUUAUGUUUUCAAGAACUUGUGACCUUUGAGACAAUGUUUUAAAGUUCUUUCAUCCCAGAUGACCCAUUUAGCAGCAUUACAACAUGUUAGAUGUUUAAAUGAGCCUACUGCAGCUGAAAGCACACGUGCAGCACUGCCAAAAUGGAAGUCACAACAGAGGAUGUCUGACACUGUGCCUGGCACAUACACCAACCAUUUUCUGCCCAGGAUCUUCUCCUGGUAUAGCAUCUACAGACUUCAGGCUAUAUGACCCUUCCUACUUGUUUUAUCUUUCCUUGUGAGAACUGUCCCAACAUCUGUCCAGCCCCAUUUCACCUCCUCCCUGCAAUCUAGGGGAGACAACAGACCCAACAGGACAGUACUACUGCCUGGGCCAAAAUUCCCUUUCCAAAACUGUCUCCCCACCUCCUUCCUCAGAAAAUCAAAGCAAGUAGGGAUGCAAUGGGAACAACAGCAAGUAGGCCAAUGAGCUGAUCAAUGAAAUAUGCAAAACAAGUAGGUUAAUGUAAAGAUAAGGCCUCCAGUGUGAUAUAAUAGCUGGGACACAGAGGCAAAAGCAAAGCUGGUACAGGGAAGGGUAGGAGGACAGAUCCCACUUAGAGCUUUUGUUAUCCUCUUUUCCCUCAAAAGAAAGCUUAGGGCUCUGCACAUGAGUACCCCGGGCCAUUUGAAAUGGCAGCACUUCCCAGCCCUGUCUUCUGCUUUAUUGUGGAGGGGUAAAUCCAAGGUGAAUCUCCCUCUCCUCCUCCUCCUCCUUGCCUGCUUCAUGUUUGCAGGUAACUCAUGUUGAGAGUGUCUCCAGCCCCAGGAGCAGCUGCUGAAUACUUCAUGCUGCAAUGUGUGCCUGGUAGGAGCCCAUCUCUCACUGGUCCUCAUUCCCAAAGCUGUGUAACACUUUUAUCUUACCAAAAUGCUUGUGACUUAAUGCAAUUUCCAUGUGAAUCCCAGAAUACUUCUAUAAGAACAGGCUGAAAUAACAAACAGUUUGACCCUAUGUUUCCAACUGGAAUGUGGGUUUGGCAAAUUUAACUUAGGUCUUCAAGGGGCUAUUGCAAAAGCUGCUUUCUAUCAACAUUGUCCCUGAAUUCAGCAGCUACCAGGGCAGCUCAGAAAGAGACAGAUUAUUGUCAAUGCCGUCCAAAACAAACCGGAGAGAGAGAAAAACACCCAACAAAUAAAACCAAACAGCGAGAUCAACAUUUUCUGCUGGAAAAUUUAGAUUUUGCAUUAAUUCUGAUAGCCAUCAAAAUGUGAGUGUACAAGAAAACAGGAAACUUCUGUUUAAUUCUCUGUGGUCUGUCCCUCAGUUUAGUCAUUAAAAUUCUCUUAGCUCUUCUUCCACUACACAUCUGCUGCUCCAUCAAACUUGAAGUCUUUGUUACAAGCUUAAGACUUCUAAGCUCUCAUAUGCUCUCAAUUUAGUUUCAGCUGUAUUUUGCAUUAUGGUAUAAUGAAGUUGUCCAAAUUCUGUUAUUAAAAAUUCCCAUGGUGAAAUUGAAUUUGCAUGGAAACUAUGCAAAAGAGGUAGUUGGUUUGCACUGGAGCACCAAAUUAAGGCCAAAUUGCAAAGCUAUAAAGUGAAAAUUGUGAAAAUGUCUUGGCAUGAACAACAAUUUAAGUGCGUAGAUAAGAAAUUCAAUGAAUAAAAAUGAUUUUUUUUUUAAACCAGGCUAUAACU